GUAGGCAAUGCAUUGAUGGACGACGAGACAGACCAAAAGGGAAUGAUAGACUAUGCGUGGGAUCAUGCGGUAAUAUCAGAUCAUUUGUACCAUUCCAUUAAGAGAGUUUGCAAUUUCAGCUUGGAAUAUCCUGGCGAUGACUGCGACGAUCUUCUUAAUCAGUACUUUGCUGUUUACAAAAUCGUAGACAUGUACAGCCUUUAUGUCCCUACAUGUGUUAACAGCAACUUCAGUAGCAGCAGCACCAGACUCCUUCCAACUAUUCGUGGAGUUGCCCCCAAGUCCCUCUCCAGAAUUGAAGGAUGGCACAAAAGACCAACAGGGUACGAUCCUUGUCUGUCCGAUUACACAGAAAUGUAUAUGAAUAGACCAGAUGUUCAAGCUGCACUCCAUGCAAAUGUCACUAAAAUUCCUUAUCGAUGGACUCAUUGCAGCGACAAUAUUACGUUUUGGAGUGACGCACCAUCUUCUAUGCUUCCUACCAUCAAGAAACUUAUCGAUGGUGGUCUGCGCGUUUGGGUGUAUAGUGGAGAUACCGAUGGUAGAAUCCCAGUUACUGCUACAAGAUUAACUUUGAGAAAACUUGGAUUGAAAAUCAAUGAAGAUUGGACUCCUUGGUACACUAACAAUAAGCAGGUUGGUGGAUGGACAGUUGGCUAUGAUGGACUAUCCUUUGUGACAGUAAGAGGAGCUGGACAUCAAGUUCCCACAUUCAAGCCAAAGCAAGCUCUACAGCUAGUUAGGCAAUUCUUGGCCAAUAAGAAGCUGCCAUCUGCCCCGUUUUAGCAUUUUCUUUAACCCAUUUCCUUCCUUUUAGUGUUAAUCCCGAGUCUAGCUUAUUGUCUUUAUAAUUUUUAAUCUCAUCGUUCUAAUCCCCUAGAAAGAGGUUGUCAAUUUAGAUAAUAUUCAUUCCAAUGUUAGGAAGUAAGGUAAUUAAAAAAAUAAGUAAAAGUCUGAUUUAGUUGAAA